CCAGACAAUGUAGUGCAAUCAUAGCCAAGGUUUUUACUUACUAAAAGGAAGCUAGAGGCUUAAUAAUAACUGAUAGAAUAUAUCCACCACCCACAGAACAAAGCUGUGCUAGUAAUGUCUUACGCUUGUUUUUAAUAUUUUACUUUUUAUACGGCAGAGUGUCAUUACAGCUUUAGUUCAUCAGGAAGUGACGGUGGGCGUCCCGAGCAGGAGAGCUAGGCUCAGUGCUAGCUGUGAGUUUGGAGAGAGUUGGGAAGUGUGUUUAUGUUGGCGUGGAUGUAAAGUCCUGCAGUGUUCUCCGCUGUUAAUAAAGCCAUUAAAGUGCAUCGGCGACGUGAGUCUCUCCUUCCCCACAACAAGCGGCAUUACAGUAUUGACCAGUGCACACCAGGAAAUAAACGGUGUCACUUGUUACAGGCAUUGGCUGGACAGCUAUGUAGUGGGGCUUGUUUAACCUUUGCCUUGUGGGCAAGCAGGAAGGAGAGACGAUGCUGAGAGAUGUGUGUGUGUUCUGAGCUGCUGUCUGGUGGCCGCGUUCAAUAAACAAAGUUGGCAGAAGCAACAGGAGAAGUUUCCUCCUUUGCUUCGGAGCUGAAUAACACUGACAAGUUAACAGACUAGUAGCGAACGGAAAAGAAGACGGCUUUGUUUGUGUCGAAUACAGAAGAUGAGGACUUUGAUGGAUUUGUGGAUGAGGAUUGAUGAAAAAUAACGUGAGUACAUUCUAAAAUACUUCAAUUUAGUACAACCGAAUUCAUUUUUGCUCCCGCCGCCGCAUGCAUGCUAGUGUAUGUUUUUUUUUUUUUUUUUUUUUUUUUUUUUUUUUUAUUGUAGCGUCGCUGGGAGCACGUCCUGUUCCCAGCCUACUUUGCGGUAAUGUUUUGGUGCAAAUGCUCUUAAAGUUACACCAGGAAAUAGCAAGCUCAAAAGAAGACGGCUUUUUUAUGUGGAACAACUGACAGUUUGUGUGGAUCUUGUGAAUGAUUGUGACUGAGCUAGGACUCAGUAAUUAAAGUCUACACACGACGGCUUCAUUGACUGAAAAACAAAACUUUUUCGUGCAUGACAAAGUCGAAAUUGUGAGAUUUAAAAAGCCAUAAUUAUGAGAGGUCAAAAAUGUUGACAAAAUGUCACAGUUAUGAGAUAAAAACUUGAAAUUAUGACAUAAAAGAGCCAUAAUUAUGAGAAGUCAAAAUGAUCAGUCAGAAUUCUAAGGAAAAAAGUUGAAAUUAUGAGAUAAAAUGUCAAAAUUAUGAGAUAAAUCAUAAUUCUGAGAAACAAAGUCAAAAUUAUGAGAUUAAAAAAAGACAUAAUUAGGAGAAGUCAAAAAUUAUGACAAAAUGUCAGUUAUGAGAUAAAAAGUCGAAAUUAUGGGAUAAGUCAUAAUUCUGAGAAAAAAGUCAAAAUUAUGAGACAAAAUGUUAUGAGAUAAGUCACAAUUAUGAGAUAAAAAGUCCUAAUUCUAAGGAAAGAAAGUCGAAAUUAUGAGAUAAAAAUGCCAUAAUUAUGAGAAGUCCAAAUGAUGAGAUACAAACUGCAUGAGAGCCACGUGACGAAGGCUUCAAAGAGCGAAACGGGCUUCCAUAGAAAAAGUAUUUACUUACCAGGAGUUUCUUUAAUAGGAGCAGAACAUUUCAAUCACACUUGAACUGCAGAGAGGUGUUGCGUUUAAAGACACCACUUAUUGUAAGUAUAAUUCACAUAUUUUGAGUGUAUUUUAUGGGAUUUUGGAGGAUACUUAAAUGCAGCUAAUUGUACUUCUGCAUUAAGAGUUACAAGUUACAAGUGACGAGAAUAUCCACGUAUUGCUUUUCUUUGUCCUUCUGUUUAUUUCGACCAUCACAUAUGCGCAUACUGUACUGUAGUAAAGAUGGUGUUGUUGAGAUGUUCGGAGUGUCCGUGAAUGCACCUUGCCAUGCUGCCGUGAAAAGGAAGUUAUCGUCUCGACUUUGAACGGACUACAGACGUGUUUGCUGGUUGGACACGUUGGAAUUGCACUGCUGCACCACGCUAUGCAACAACCACUGAACACUGACACGUUUAGCUUCAACAGCUACUAGCAUAGUGCAAACAGUGAACAUUUAGCAAUUUCUAUACAAUCAGUUCCGGGUUGUAUCCUGACGCAUGUGCACAACGCCGGCCCCGCUCCAGUCGCACGCAUGCAAGAGAGACAAGGCGUUAUCAGUCGCACAAUCUAGGUGUGAUAAUCUGACUUUUAAAAAUGAUCAACCAUCUAAUUAAUGUCUUUCAAAGCUAGUUUUACGCCGAUUCACUGCUGUGCCUCAUGGAGUCUGACGUCAUAACAGAGAAGCGUGGCUUGGCAUGAUGCGCACGCCUUAAGUAGCCUAAAAAGUUCAACGUAAUUCAUGAAAAACACUAGCUACAAAUAGGAUGUCAUGCGUAUAUAUCGUAAUAAAAAGGAGAUAUUGGAUCGUACGGUUUACUUGUUGGUAAUUACCUUGCUGCAUGAGUGAGACCUCAUCAAACCGCACGGAGCUGCACUGAGCAAAAAGCUCAACUCUGUGGAAAAACAUCUGGACACCCCAGCACCGGGUACAAGAUCUUUCUGACCCAAUACUCGGUCCUCACCUGUCCCCGUCACCGCACACGAGCCGCUGGUAGUUAUUGAUCUCGGCCUCCAGCCUCAUCUUCACGCACAGCAAGUCUUUGUUCGUCUCCACCUGGUUCUCCACGUGCGCCCUCGCCUUCCUCAGCUGCUCCUCCAAGUCCAGGAUUAUCUGGUUGAGGGCGGCCAGCCGCCGACUGUUCUCCAGCUUGGUGAACCUCAGGUUCUCCUCCAGAUUGCGGACCUGCGGAGACGGCGCUCGUUUAGGGGAUCAUUUCUUUUAUUGCGACUCCUGCAGGUGUGGUUUUAGUGCAGGUUGAAGGUGCGAUGACAGCGCUGUGAAGGAAUGCAGGUGCUUUAUUUGCUUCUGCCUGUUUGGAGUAUCUCACCGUGCUCUGCCCGCCCUGAACUUUGACCUCCAGAUAUUGCUUCUCCCUGAGCAGAUCUUUAAGCUCCGUCUUUCUGGACUGCAGCACCUCAGUGUUCUGGGCCCCCUCCUCCUUGAUGCUCUCAAACUGGAGAUGAGGAACAGGGUGGGGUCCUCACAAGAAGACAGGAAGAAGGAGAAGCUUGUGGUCUACCUUGCUCUGGUACCAAUCUUCCGUCUCCUUCAGGUUCUUCACGGCUAUUUUGUCGUACUGCACGCGGAUGUUGUAGAGCAUCUCGGGCAAGUUGGAGCUGGGGGGUUCAACCUCCACGUUCACCUCCGAGGUCUUGAUCCGAUCAUGCAGGUUGUGCACGGCCUACGCACGCACACGCACAUUAUUACAUCAUACAGGACGAUACAUCCAACGCGUGUGAAGGAGAGAUAUCGUAUGUCAGAUUCCAUAACAAAAACAGCUGUGCAAUAAACUGUGCAAUAAAGUCGUGGCGUGAUCAGCAUGUACACAGCUGGAAACAAUCUACUUCACUUCUUCAUUCCAUUUUGCACUUUCUAUGCUCUUGUGUGUUUUUGUAUCUGCUCUGGAAUUUCCCCUUGUGGGACCAAUAAAUCUUAUCUUAUCUCAUCUUAACGCAGCUCUGUCUCUGGCGGUGAUGUUUCAGCCUCACGUUUUUGUGGUCCUCCUCAAAGAUGGCCAGCUCGUCCUUCACCAGCUCAAUUUCCUUCUGCGUCUGCUGGUUGUUCAGCUUGGUGUCCUCAAUGUUCCUCUUCAGCUCCUCCAGGUCGUUUUCAAUGGCCUUCCGGGCCUUUGUCUCGUCGUCGAGCCUGUGACGCGCACGGCGGAGGACAGAAACGUUGUUAUUCCCGUCGGAAUGGAGGCUUACGCUCCGUGUUGUGCAACAAACUUGUUGGUGAAAUCAGCGUUGGCCAUCUUGGUGUUGUCUAUCUGGAGCAGCAGCCUGGCGUUGUCCAUGGCGAUGGCUUUCACCUGAGGGCACAUGCUCAUGAGAGGAGACGAUGAAGAACAAUUAUGGAGAGAAAGACGACAACCUUAUUCUUGAGCUCCUUCAGUGGCUUCUCCACCUCCUCCCAGUCACGGCCUUCUGGCGCUUUCCUCUUGGCCAAGAUCUCCUCGAUCUCAUCCUUCAGAUGCUGGUUCUCCUCCUUCAGCUGCCCCACCCUGUCCAGGUAUCCGGACAGACGGUCGUUCAGGCCUCGCAGGGUCUGUUUGUCAUCGGCAGGGGCCACGGGAGCAGACGGAACCGCACCGGAGUCGCGCUCGAUGCGGUCAUUGCACAGCACGUCGCGCAGACCCUCCAGGCUGGAGGCCGACGCCCUGGAGCCCCUCCCGCCGGCACCACCGAACAUGCUGGCAGCCGUGUUGGAAGGCAUGAUGGAGGAGCAACCACACUGGAGGCUGAACCUUAUGGAGGAGGAAGAAUCCAGGCGAGUUUUAUACCUUCUUGCCACACCCGGUGGUGCUACUGGCUCACCACCAGCAUCACACCAGGGGGGUCGCAGCUGGAACGGGUUUUUCUACUUCCCUCCUUUGUUCCCCCACAUAUCAUUUAGCCUUCUCUCUCAAGAUUGGACACAAAUGGAGCAGGAGGGCGGGGCCUAGCGGUCCGCCCCCUCUUUUAAAUCCAGGUGAGCGCCGCAGGUACCUUGACUAGACUUCCUGCAUCCUGCAGCUUCACGCCUCAGAAUGUCCACAGGCAGCCGCUCGUACACGCCCGGCGCCUCGCUGCCGGCCCGAACCUACCCGACUGGCGACGUGGACUCGGCAGGCAAGUCCAGGGAGAGGGACGACAUGGUGGGACUCAAUGACAAGUUUGUGAGGCUGAUUGAAAAGGUGAAACACCAGGAGGAGCAGAACAGGAAGUUGGACACCAAGCUGAAGGUCCUGAAGGGCCGGGCGGCCUAUCGGGGCGAGGUGGAGGGCGUGGCGAAACAGCUGGAGGAGGAGCUGAAGCGGCGGGUUGACAAGUUGCUGGAUGACCGCGCCAAGCUGGAGGAUGAGCUGCGUCGGAACCGGGAGCAGGCGGAGAACACCAAGGAGAGGUACGAGGAUGAGCUGCUGAAGAAAGCAGACGUGGAGAAGGACUUUAUCAUCACCAAGAAGCAGGACGCAGAUGAAGGUCACUUGGAAGCCGUACAUCUGACGCUGGAGUUGGAGGACCUGAUCGGCCAGCUGGAGUUCCUCAGGGUCGGCUACGAUGAGGAGAUCAAAGAGCUGGAAUCUCAUAUCCAGAACGAGACGGUGGUUUUGCAGGAGAACACCAAGCGGCCGUUGGACAUGGACCAGAUUGUGGACGGCGUCAGGAGUCGGUACGCCAACAUGGCCGCUCGCACCCGAGAGGAGGCGGAGCACUGGAACCAGAGGAUGAUGGACGUCAAGGUCUUAAAAGCAGGACCACGUGAAGAAGACGUCCGGGACGUAAGGAGAGCGAUCUCAGACACGGCGCGCCUCGUCCAGAGGCUGCACAGCCACCUGGACGCUCUCAAGAGGAAGGAGGAGUCCCUGAAGAAGGACACCGAGGACGCGGCUGCAGAAGGAGCCGUGAGCUUGGAGAGGGCCCGCCGUGACAUCGCUCAGCUGGAGGAGGCCUUGAGGAGAGCCAAGCGUGACUCGGCUGGUCAGAUCCGCCAACACCAGCAGCUCCUCGACCUCAAGCUGGCCUUGGACAUGGAGAUCAGCACCUAUGGAAAGCUGCUGGAGGGCGAGGAGCGGAGGAUGGACGCGCUCAUGCGGCACUCAGGUUUCUAACAAGCUUCCAGGAGACCUUCACCGGCGCCCCACAAGCACCAACCUGCAAGCAGGGCCGUCCUAUCUAGUCUUUGAAUGUUGAAGCUACAGUAUCUGUGGGUGGGCGUCACGGCGGUUUUGGGGAAAGGGUGCGCCAAAGCCGCGCUCACGUGUGCCUUCUUCACCUUUACAAGAAAUAAAGCAUGCGUGUUUGUUGCGUUCAUAAGGAAGUCAUCUUCUCUCUGACUAACUUUAGCUGUCUCGCUGUGAGGAAAACGUAUCUGUAUGCGUGCUGCAGGUGCACCCGGGCGCCGAUGAGGGCGUCCCAUCAUUUCAAGCUGGCUUGGUCUCCGUUCCCGCCUCCGUUCUAUGCUGCUCGUGCCGAGUGAGGAGGAGAAGACGUCACGGCUCCCGACCGCCCACUUCUUCACGGAACAAAGGCCCAUGUCGUCUGGGGAGUUGCGCCCCUCCGGCCUCCCCGGCCCGCAUACCAGGACCAAGAUAAACACGGCCCAGCGGAGGAGUAAACACUGCAGGCGGGAGGUCGACACAAACUGGCCGCCAUCGUUUCAACAGCAGACAAAAAUAAAAAGGAUUUGAACGAGAGCAAGUCGUCUUUGGCACAACUGACUUCAUUUUGCUCAUAAAUGAACGCAGGGAUGCUCCCAUCAGGGUUUGAUGCCGCCCCUUACCGUCAUCCAGGACUGAUAUCGUCCGAUACCGAUAGCCAUCACGUGGAUUAGUGAUAGAGUUGAUUCAUGAUGAGUGUUAUCAGCCAAUCCCAAUGUCCCUCGACUGCCAAGCGGCCCAAAAAGUAGCUCAUUACGAAUAAAAUUAGUCAUUAAUAGAAGGGGAGGGGAGCAACGUGUUUUUUUUCUGGGACCCUGAAUUCCUGACUACGACGGAGUUUUAGGGCCACACUGAAAAACAAAAAAUCUGAGAUUUCGAGAAUAAACUUGUAAAUUUAGGAGAAUAAAGUUACGAGACUAAAGGUAUUAGAAUAAAGGUGUACAUUUAGGAGAAAAAAAGUUGUAAAUGUCCAAGAAUAAAGUUGUAAAUGUACAAAAAAAGUCGUACACUUACAAGAAAAAAGUAAUACAUUUACCAGAAUAAAGUUGUAAAUUUAUGAGAAAAACUCGUAACAUUACAAGAAUAAAGUCGUAAAUAGGACCAAAAAAAGUUUUAUAUUCCCGAGAAAAAAGAAAGAAAGAAAAUUGCAUGGAAGGGUCGCUGCGUGCUGCGGUCGUGCCAGCCACGGGUGAUCGAUGUUGGUGGGCACUUAUCGGCAUGUGCCGAUCACAUGAUUUUUUUAUGGAAAUGGGUCGAUACCGAUGGGUUGGAGCAGUGGUUCCCAAACCCCAAUGACCCACGGCCCGUUACUGGGCCGCGAUACUUUUUUUCACAGAAAGAAAAAAAUAAUUUCCAUUAUUUCAUUUUUUUGUAUUAUUUUGAAAAGUGGCCGGAUUCUCUCUGUUACAUCCGUCUCACUUGACGCAUGCCCAUUGUGGGUGUGCUAACUUUAUCUCAUGCUGCACAGAUAGACUACUACUGUAUUUUUACCAUUUUUCUUUCACCUCAUAUUUGGUGUAAAUGCUGAUACUAUGUGGGAAUGAUAAAGGUAAGUUUGAUGACUUAUUGAGUGCUAAUGUGCACAUUUGUCUCAAGUUAAUUCAUGCUAGCACUGCCUUUUAGCACACACGUCAAACAGCCAUGUCAUCAUCUCUCUGGAAACACUUGGCUGGUGGAUGGUGGGUCACCAUUCAUUUUGUGCUUUUAAUUUGAUGUUAUUCAUGUCUUAGUUUUACACAAUACAUCAUAAAUAAGAUACAUUAGAUCGCUAUCAUGUACAGUAUGUUUCCAGUGAUUGUGUAUGUUCUCAGGCUGUAAAAGCCCCCAUCGUACGCAUUAGCCACUUUUCUCAGACAGCCAGUAACAUUUUGUCACAUUUGAAACACAUGGUCAACGUGCCAGGCUGGACACAAGAAACGAUGACGUGACUCACACGUAUUUCACUCGU